ACCAGUCACCAGUAGUGGUCUAGAAGUCGACGCGAACGCUCGUGGUCCGCCCAGAUUUUCAGUUCAAUACGUAUUUUUAUUUUUUUGUUUUUCUUUCCUUAACAACAUUAACGAUUGAUUUUCACUUCGAGUGCGAACGUGCGCAAAUAUUACGAGAUCGAUAUUCGGUCGUGUUUCGUUGAUGUUAUCUCCCACCGUCUCCUCCCGUAUAAUGGUGACUUCUCGCAUCGCUUUAGAUGGGCUUUUGCAAAACAGACUGACCCCGAACAUCUGCAAGGAUACGCUGCACAGGAUACACGGAGGCGAGACGGACUUGUUUCAUUUAUACGCUGGAAAACAUAACACGGACGACACGUCUUCGUCGUCGUGCGGCGCGGACACGAUGACCGCAGCCGCGAUCAAACGGGAAACGCACACGCCGACCACGGAUCAGAGCGAGGAUUCGGGCGUGGACGUUUCGGUGGCCGGCGGCGGUGGCGGUGGUGGCAACAACGGCGAACACCACGGGAGGCCGUACAAGCGGAGACGGUCGGGCGACGAAUCGGACGACGGGGAUGACGGGUGUCCGGCCAAGUCGAGCAGGACCAAAGCGGCGGUCGCGGCCACCACCACCACGGCCACCGAGACCGUGCUGUCGGUGAACAUGGCCGCUUGUCCGCCGUUCAGGCCAUGGAGCAGUGACGAGUCGUCGUCGGACGUGGGCCUGCGGCUGUUCCAAGACAUACGAAACGUGGACAGGAUAUUGACGCUGACGCAGCGGCGCAGAGAACCACCGGCCGAACCACAACCGCUGGACCUGACCAAGGGGCGAGCGAACGUGGCGCUGCCUGUCCGGCCGGUGGACCUGGCGACCACAGCCGAGCGACAACCCGUCGAGCUGCGUGGCCGCACGGCCAUUGCGAACGAGUGUUGCAGCGCAACGGGCACCACCGGUACCACCGCAAUCGGCACCACCGCCGGGAAUGACGCCUGCACCGCGACGACCACGGCGACCACCAGGUACAGCAAGAACAUGUCCCGGGCCCGGAGGAUCGAGGCCAACGCCCGCGAGCGGUCCCGGGUGCACACGAUCAGCGCGGCUUUCGACACGCUCCGCGCCACCAUCCCUUCAUACUCCAGGAAUCAGAAGUUGUCGAAACUGUCGACGAUACGCAUAGCGAGCGCGUACAUACUCACGCUGUCCCGGUUGCUGGACAUGGACUACAGCGCGGAGCAGGACCGGCCGUCCGUGGCCGAGUGCGUGGACAACGUCACCGGGAUCAUACACAUGGAGGGCAAGGCGAGGAAGAGGAAGGACGAGCAGCAGUGAACGGGGAUGGGCGAAAGACACCGGAAACGUUCACAUCCGGUAGUGUAAGACCGAAGUUACGAGAUUCCAAUUCGCGAAAUCGUGAAUCGGCGAACCGACGGGAGGUUUCGAGUGUCGCAAAUUGAUCGCUGUCCGCCUUAAACGCCGAGUACGCUUGGAACGCGUCGUCACGCUGUGGAGUCCGAUCAGCAUUGAACAUUCAAAAACCCCGAACGGGGAUGCCCGUGGGAUACGCGUUUCGACCGACCGCAAUAUUCAGGACGAAAUCCGGGAACAGGCAGCAGCAACAGCAGUAAACGCUAUCGCUGUCGGUCCCCGACACUGCAGUCGGAGCAUCGAGUCACCCGUUGUUCGUACGCACCUUUUUUUUACCCCCGAGGAUCACACGCAAGACUCUCGAGCUCCCGCACAUGUUAAAACACAUGGCCAGCACUUGUCGCUCGUCGUAAGGUCGUGUGUAUGUGUGUGUGUGUGUGUGUGUGUGUGUAUACGUGUGUUGACCUAUAAAAAUAACUAUGUAUACACACAUAAACGCACACCUAAACAUAUGUAACCGUUGAGCUUGUGCGCCUGCAGUAUAGGGUUAACUGCAGUUACGAUAGCGACAAUAUUUUAUACGUAGCAUACAUUCCAAAAAUAUUUUGUUAAUAUACGCCAUAAUUAUUGUUAUAAAAUUAUCGUCAUACCACAGUUCGUAUAAUACAUAUGUUUUCGUUACUCUAUUUUUUGUAAAUUCCACGUGCGCGUAAUUUAUCGUCACUGUUGAUACUGCCCUCCCCGUCUCUCAUUACUUAUCCUAUUAUUAUUUUUAUUUUUAAAUUUUUUUUUCGUUCUGUUAUUUACAUUUAAAUACGUAUACUAGUC